GAGAAUGAGAAAAUAAGAAUGAGAGAUCGAAUGAGAAUUCAGUUAACGUUGUCAGGCAAAUGAGUGCCCGUGGGUUGAAUUGACUCGUUAACUCGCCCAGGUUUACGCUCUUAAUUUACAUGUUUUGCAAAAUAACUUUGUGUUCAUUGUACUUCCGAUAGUACCCGAAGACCUCUACAUUCCAUUAAUGUGACCUGUUUGUGUGUAAAAGCCAUGGGAGAUGAAUUACAAAUGAUUUCCUUGAAAUUUCCACCGAGGAAUCAUUCGCAUUCUUUUGUGUCGCUCUUUUUCAAGAUCAGUUUUCUCGCCUCCUAUAUAAUGUUUCACCACAAAUAUAAUUUUGUCUUAUCGAUGAAACGUUAUGCUGCCAUCCCCGCCUCUGUGGGCGCAACCAAAGGCAGAGCAAGCCGGCAUGAAGACAAAAUGUUGAGGUGUGUGUUGGAGUCGCGCUUCCGGCCAGCCGGGCAAUGUUUAAGGGUGGACUUGAGGCUUUGAGGUAGGGGGCGGAGCAAAGCCCAGGCCAUGACUGCUUCACUUCUGUGACGUCAUGCCCACUCCUUCCAUAUUCUUCUUUCAAGACAGUAAUCAUUAAUUAAUGACUACCGAUGAUAGGCCGAUAAUUUUGGCAGAUUUUUUGGGCAAGCCAAUUUUUUUACCAUCAUUUAUACGAUUGCUAUUAGGCCAAUGAUUCGUGGUGAGGCGUUCCUACUACAGUAAAAAUGUUACAUAAUUACAAUCUACUGCGCUGGGACGGGGAGCGUGUUUUACGUAUACAUGAUGAAAACAUCUUGAACUAUACAUACUCAAUUUUUUAUUUUUUAUUCUGUAAGAAUUUUCUCAAUAUCAUAUAUCUAUAGGUAACAAAAAGAAAAUACGAACUAUUUACUAUACAUACAAAAUGAUGUCGGUGGUGCGUGGGUAAGUAUCGCCAGCAGCGGCAAUGUUGUGGUUGUGACGUGACGGCGGCGGUGCAGUCAGCUGGCCGUGGUCGUCCUGGCGGCUGGAAUAGGACCACUUGCUGCUGCCUCGUGGCACUAAACUGCUGCUGAUCUGCAAAAUUUAUAUUGAGACAGUAAGCUGAAAUGGCAGAUCAUGGUCCUGGAAGAGGAAAAGGAAAGAGCAAAAAAGGAGGAAGAGGUGCAUGGGGAGGUUCCAAGAAUGAGAGUAGAGUUGGUGGACGAAGUGAUGGAUUUUGGAACCUUAGCAGUAGUACCACAAGUGCUGGGACCGUGAAGCAUGAGACUGGGAUAGUUAAUCCACCCUCUAUAUCUUAUCAAGAAGAGAAAGCCAAUUCUGGGGAAAGAAAGUUUGCGGAGGCUUGUCGGAAAAUACAAGAAUCUGUUGAUCGCUACCUGGAGCGUCAUGAUCUUGUACCAGAUGAAGAGGAAGAUGAGGAAGAGGAUGACUUGGAGGAAGGUGCAAUCGUUGAGCGAGUGUACCAAAGCUAUGGGGGUCAAGGGGCAGACAGUCUUACCCAGCAGUAUUUGCAAGAAGCUGUUAAGAGUGGCACCCUCAUCUGCCUCAUCUGUAUUGACAGUGUGAAACGUCUUGAUCCUAUAUGGAGCUGUGGAGAGUGCUACAGCAGCUUCCAUAUUCAGUGUGUCCAGAAAUGGGCUAAAGACAGCAUAUUUCAGCUGUCUGAAGCACAAGCUGACAGGGCUCCUGAUCAGAAGAAUUUUCAAUCUGAUCUUUUUUGGUGCUGUCCUAAGUGCCGAAGCCAGUACACCCAGAGGGCCAUCCCCACCAGGUAUUCGUGUUUUUGUGGGAAGAAGAUUGAUCCUGAGUUUGACCCAUGGCUGCCUCCUCAUUCAUGUGGAGAGGUCUGUGGUCAGAAACUGAAGCCUCUCUGUGGCCACUCAUGCCUCCUCCUUUGCCAUCCUGGGCCUUGUCCACCUUGUCCCAAAAAUGUCAGCAACUCCUGUCACUGUGGCCAGCAGCCCCCAAAGACACGGCGAUGCUCAGCCAAGGCUUGGUCAUGUGGCCAGCCUUGUGGACACACCUUAAGCUGUGGUCAUCACUCCUGCCAAGAGUCAUGCCAUCCAGGAGAUUGUUCCCCUUGUCCUAGGAAGAGUCGCCAGUCUUGCUCUUGUGGUGCUAACAUUCAUCUCAGGGAAUGUGCUCAGCCAGUAUGGCAUUGUAAUAAGGUAUGCAACAAGCUACACAGCUGUGGCCACCAUCGUUGCCAGAAAAUUUGUCACAAAGGGGAGUGUGGCCCAUGUCCCAGUAGUGGAUUGCGCACAUGCCCAUGUGGUAAAACUUCCCAUGCACUUCCCUGCACCCAAGAUAUACCUAGUUGUGGGGACACAUGUGGGAAAGAAUUAGCUUGUGGAGUCCACCUGUGUGCUGAACGCUGCCACAAAGGAGCAUGUCCCAUGUGCUUACAGUUCCGGGUUAAGCAUUGCCGGUGUGGGGCUCGUGAAAAGGAGACUGCUUGCAGCAAAGAAUUGGUUUGUGAUCUCAAGUGCAAAAAGUUGAGAGAUUGUGGCCGCCACACAUGCAGCAGAAAGUGCUGUGUUGGAGAGUGUCCAAGUUGUGAGCAGCAAUGUGGGCGAACUUUGGGUUGCCGCACUCACCGCUGUGGGAGUCGCUGCCACCAAGGGCCUUGCUAUCCCUGUUCCAUUACCUACACACUAAAAUGCAAGUGUGGCAAGACCUCCAUCACUGUCCCUUGUGGCCGCCACAAGACAACUCGUCCACCCAAAUGCUCCCAACCAUGCAGACAGCCCCCUGAUUGCCACCACACUAUACGUGAGAAACACAAGUGCCACCAAGGACCAUGUCCUCAGUGCCGCAUAGUGUGUGGGCUUCAGCUGCUGUGUGGUCACCAGUGUUCUCACAAAUGCCAUGAUGCUGUUCCUGUUAAAGUUGUGGAUAAAAAGAAGCGCGCUGGGCCAUGGGAGCCAAUCGUUGCCCCUCAUAUUGAGAUUCAGAAGUUGCCAUGCCCUCCUUGCCAGGUGCCUGUUCCGACAACUUGCUUGGGGCGCCAUGAGACUCCAGACUGGCCAUGCAGUGAUGUACGGCCAUACUCAUGUGGUAGAAAAUGUGGUCGGACACUAGCCUGCACUAAUCACACCUGCCUAAAGGAAUGUCACACUGUGGAGGGUUCCCCUGACUCCCACAAGGCUGGUACCAAUUGUGCUCCCUGUGAGGCACUGUGCUCUAAGGCACGACUUGAAGGGUGUAGCCAUGAGUGUGGAAGACCAUGCCACCCUGGGAAGUGUGCUCCCUGCAAGCAAUUGAUGAAGAUGAAGUGCCACUGCACCCUUACUUUCCUCUACUUACCAUGCCACUCCUUCACAUCAGGCACCUCGGAGGAAAAGGAAAUAAUGCAGAGUUGCAAAAACCAAUGCAAUAAACUGAUUUCCUGUAGCCAUCGCUGCAGCAAGGAGUGCCACAGUGGACCUUGUAGCUUGCCUGAAGACUGCCAUAAGCGUGUGACUGUACGCUGCUCUUGCAAAAGACUUCGUAAGGAGUUUCCGUGCCCAGUGUUGACAAGUGGAAAAGUGAAGCUGGAAUGUGAUGAAAUAUGCUUAGCAAAGUUGGAAGAAAAGAAAAAGGUAGAGGAGGCAGAAGAGAGAAGGAAAUAUGAAGAGGAGCAAGCCAGGCAGCGGAGAGAGGUGGAAGAAUUUGAAAGGAAACUCGAAGGGAGGAAGCACCGCCGACGCAACCGCCACCAUAUGGAACCUGAAGAGAAACUAAACUUGUGGCAGCGGUGGAGCCGGCUGGUGGUAGGGACAGCUGCUCUGGUGGCAUUUGUGGCCUUUGCUGUAUACUUGCUAGUGCCAGAUGACUAGCUGAAUUGUAAGUAGUAUAAUACACACAGAUUGCUAUGCACAAAGUGGUUGAUGAUAAUAGUAAGAGAGCUGUUGUAAGUCUCAUAUGAGUCCAGCACAUUGUGAUAUUUUUAAAGGAUAGUGCAUAAUUAGAAGCUUUAUGAGGACAAAGUUAAUUUUGAUUUUCUUUCAGUAAAUACAGUAGAAUCCAAAAAUUAGGUUUGCAGGGAACCAGCCUUUUGAUUGAUUAUUGGGAAUGAUGAAAAACUUGAGCAACCAAGGGCACCAGAUCUUCUCUAGCCAGGCAAAAAACUAACAAUCAGGCUUCCUUGUCUAUUGGUGUCCAAAUCAAUGAACUAUUACUUGUAUUAUGAUUCCUAGGUAAUUAAUAUUUGGGAGGAAGGGGGCUUAUUCCCUAACUUUAUCCUAUUGUAUGACAAGAGCUAUGUUAUUUUGGUUGGGGUUACAUAAGGUAGGUACUUUUGUGAUCAUUAUCUUCCAUGCUUCCUGUAGGUGUAUUGUGUGGAGGGCAUGGGAAGUAAGAGAAGAAAACUAAUAAAAACACCUAUGUUAAAGCAGGCACGAUCAGUUACAGAAAUGGGUCACCCUGCUGAUCAGAUACCAGUACGUCAGUAUCUGUCAUAUACUGACAGUGCCUAUGAAUGCACCAUCUCUAAGUGAUGUAUCAGUUUGUCUAGAUGUCUUCAGACGAACAGUGGCUCUAAGAAUAAAAGUGGGUAUAACUAAUGAUGAUUUCUUCGAAUAUCCAAAUUCCAUUGACCAAGGAAUUUCUUUAAAGAGAAAAUAAAUGUGCAACAAAAAAUCUA